GAAAAACAAAACGAAGUGCAAGUUUAGAUGCUAGCAAUUCCCUGUAAAUUGUUUCAACCCAAUAACAUUUACAUUUACACCUAAGAGGGUGAAUGUGUUUGAUCUUGCAGGUCAUGAAUCUCGAGCUAAUUAAGAUAUCAUGAUGAUUUCUUAAGUUGUAAGAAAGGAGGUCUAACGUUAGCUAGCACAUGUAGCUAAUAUGUCCAAAAGUAAUAUAGAAAACUUGAGAAAUAUUCAAAAAUGAAUCGCAUAAAAGUUAAAACAUAUAGGCCCAAAUAUGUGCGUUUUUUAUAUUUAAAGCAUCUUUUACCAAGCAUGGCCUGGGCUUUUUGUUUUUUGGUAUUCUUUCUGUGUAUAAAAACGACUCCAUGCGUCACCGCAAAUACCUCAAAAUUAAUAGAUCAUACAAAAACUAGCUUUCUUGAAGCACUGCAGUCUGGGAAGACUUCCUUCGUGUAUUUUGGAAACCAAGUUAAUCCCACCAUUAGACUCUUCCUUGAGCACCUGGAGAAGUCUGCAGACGCUUUGGAAGAUUAUGGUAUUUUAGUUGCUAAGGUAAAUUGCACGAAAGAAAGAGUGCCAAAGUAUUGCACAGGUGAAAAGUUGAUGAAGAAAGUAUAUUUGUUCCGAGGAUCUGAUGUUCUGAAGAAUUUUGACGCAGACACUGUGUUUGAUGUCGAUGCUAUUGUGGCUCAUGUUCUAUUUGCGGUACUUUUCAAUGAGGUUAGGUAUGUGCAGACACCAGCAGAGCUUCUGAGCAUUGAGAGGAUAGCAAAAGGCCUGGCUGAUGUCGUACUGGCAUACGUUCAGAUCCUGGGGCUACCAGAGCACCGGGCUGUGAUGGAGGCCACAUUCGUGUACGGCACCAAGUAUCAAUUUGUGUUGACGACAGGAGGCUCUGUGCUGAAGCACAUGGGUGUGGAGGACCCAUCCUCACUCCAGUCCGGCCUGUGGUUCCUGCACUGUAAGGAAGUGAUGCGCCGCUCUGACCCCUGUCACCACACUGCCCUGAAGAGACCCCUCACCACCCUCAACAUAUACACGUUCCUGCAGCUGAUGGAAGCUCCAUUGGUGACAGAGACGAGGAUGGACCCCACUGAGGUGGAGACGGUCCACAACCGCCUCCGCACACCCCUGCUGUUUCUCUUCACCCAGGCUGAGACCCUGGCCGUGGAUCGAAACACUGCAGAGACUCUGGCCUGGAGGCUUCGGGGUGAGGUGGGCCUGGCUCUUGUACACAGGGACAGUCCUGACGUGAAAACUCCUCAAGAGUACAAUGCAGCUUACAGACUACCUGCAGAGGGUUCAGCAGUUAAGUACUUCACCUUGAAAAACAUUGAGGAAGUUUUCAGCCUUUUCAGAGAAGAACCAGUUCAAGAUGAAGAGGAAGACAAGGAAGAUGAAGAGGAUUGGGCCGUCCUUGAUGUCUUAGAUGAUGAGGUAGCAGAGUCUGUGUACCGGGACAGGGACCUGGGGUUGGACCUGGAACUGAUCUUGGAGUUGACAGCAGACACAUUCAACAAAGCUGUGACAGAAUAUGACCACGUGGUGGUGCUGUUCUUUGUCAAAUGGGAUGCUGUAUCCAUGGCUUUCAUGCAGUCAUACCAAGACGUUGCUGAAACACUGGAAGGUGUGGCGGGUGUGCAGCUGGCCUGUGUGGACUGUGGCGAGUGGACGGACGUGUGCAGCAGCGAGGGGGUCUCUGCCUUCCCCACGGUGAGGGUGUACCGUCCCGGGGAGCCGCCCCAGCCCUACAGGGGCAUGCUGGGAGCCGAAAGCCUGAGCAACUUCAUCAUGCUGUGUCAUGUGCCCACCCCUGUACUCCUGCCUUCUGAGGAAAAAGCGUGGUCCUUCUUGGGAGGGGAGCUGCACCAGGGUCAUGCUGCCCUCUCCCCAGUCAGAGUGCUGGGCCUGUUUGGCUCCAGUCCCGACUCAGGAAGAGGCAUGUUUGAGGAAGCUGCGAGGCUCCUGAGAGGCGAGACAGUGCUGGGCCUUUUUUCAGAAACGCAGACACAAAAAUGGGCUGAAGAUUACUCAGUGACGCUACCUGCAAUCCUAUUAUCCAGGGGGCCUGGCACCCAUAUUGAGCCUUAUUCCCUUCAUCUGUCUACAGUGGAAGAAAUGGCUGCAGACAUCCGCAAGGCUGUGCUGGACAGCUUUCCGGAGUUGACAGUGGAGAACCUGCCCUCGUACCUGGAGCUUGGAAAGCCUCUCCUGUUGCUCUUCGUGGGGGAUGAGGGGGAUGAGGAGGAGGAGGAGGAGGAAGGGGCAAGGCAGUACGAGGCUGUCCGUGGCGAGCUACGCAGCCUACAGGGAACAGGACGACUAGACUCCUACCUGCCCUGCUGGAUACACCUAGGACGGACUCCGAGCGGGCGGGCUGUCUUGGAAUCUUACUUGGGCUCAGUGCCUAUGCUGCCAGCCCUGGUGCUGUCCCAGCUGAGCACUGGGCGGGAGGUAUUCCAGUACCCUCCAGAACAGCCCCUACUGUCUGAGGGUAUCCUACAGUGGCUGCAGAGAGUGGAGAAGAAAGAGGAACAGCCUGCAGGCGUGAUUUCAGAUGAGAAGUGGGGUCCCCCUGUGCCAUUUUACGACUUCCUGUCAAUCAUGGACCAGGAGGCACCUGGAUACGCUGCUCAGAAGAGCCCAAAGCUGAAGAUAAGUGGAAGGGAGGUGGAGGAAGAAGGGCUGGACAAAGAGGGGAUUUCUGGUGACGGGAGAACACUCAAUCACAAGCUCCCCAAGUCCCAGCUGGGACCUCGUCCACCUCACCAGCACAAUGAACUCUGAUCCCUAGAAUGCAGCUUUACUCAGUGAAAGGGGCACCUUAUUGGGUACUAAGUUUGCCUCAUACAAAUGGCAGCAAAGACUAUUUCAUUGGUACGGUGUGCAGAAACAUGUUUCUCGUAGCUAUCCUGCCAGUGAAGGAACA